ACCUAAUGAUGAUAAUAAUAAUUUUAUUGAUGAAAAGAAAUUAAAAUCUCAAAUUCAUAAUUUUUUAAUACCUGAAAUUAUUAGUCUUGAAGAAUUUGCUUUAAAUAAUGAUUGGCCUGAAGGUAGUUACGCUAUUGGUAAUCAAAAUAUUUUUUUAUCUGAAUUUACUUGGAAAUAUUUGGAAGAUAUUUUAAAAACUGCUGAAAAAGAUGAAAGAUUAAAGACAAAACAAUUUAAAGAUGAUGAUAGUACAGUUGGUGGUGGAAUUAAUUUAGAUAAUCGUAAUUUAGCUUUACCUAGUGCUACUGGUUCAAUGGAUCGUUUAAUACCGAGAAGUGGUAUUGCUUACGCUAGUAGUGAAUUAGGUUAUUAUGAUGAAUCUCGAAGUUAUGCUGGAAGUGAAGAAGAUUAUCAAUAUUCAAAAAAUAGUGGUAUGACAUAUGGUGAAGAUGAAGAAGGUAGUAUGUGGGGUAGUGAAUGGGAAGCAAAAAGUGGUGAUGGUAAUUCUCCUUCUAGUGAUAAUAAUAAAGAAGGAAUUAAAGAAGUUGAAAAAAAUGAAGAAAUAGAAGAAAUAACUAUCACCAAAACACGUAGAAUUUGGGUUAUAUUCGUAUGGCUAGUUACUUGGUGGAUUCCUUCAUUCUUAUUAAGAUGGAUUGGAAAAAUGAAACGUCCUGAUGUACAAAUGGCUUGGCGUGAAAAAGUCACACUUUGUUUUAUAAUAUUCCUUCUCUCUUCCUUCAUCAUUUUUUACAUUAUUGCCUUUGGUGAUCUUAUUUGUCCUGGUACUGACAAAGUAUAUAGUUCAAAUGAAGUUGCUUUUCAUAAAGGUGAUGGCGAUUUUUGGGUCAGUGCAAGGGGUAUUGUAUAUGAUCUUAGCACAUUCCAUUUAACAAAUCAUGCUCCGGGCGGUGGUCCACCUGCUGAUGCACAAGCUAUGGAACCUUAUGCUGGAUUAGAUGUUACUUCUUCAAUUCCUAUUCCUUUAGCUCAACCAGAAACUUGUGGUAGUAUGGUUACUGAUAAUCAAGUUUCAAUAACAUAUCUAAAUCUUUCCGAUCCGACAACCGGUUUUAUGUUCAUUCAUACUUCAGGUUCAAAAACACUUUAUCCUUCCACAAAACUUUCUGAUACAAGAUGGUAUUUUGAUCAUUUCCUACCUAUCAUGAAUUUAUAUGUUAAAGCCAAUCUUGUCUACAGUAAACAACAAUUAGCGAGUCUAUAUGCAGCAGGUCGUACUGUAGUCACUAUUAAUAAUAAAAUUUAUGACUUUACCGAUUAUUUUGGUACUCAAAUACAACAACAACAACCUCAAAAACCUAGUUAUACUAGUCCUUUACCUGCUGGAUCUAUUGAUUGGCAUUGGUUAGAUUCACCAGGAGAAAGUAUAAUUGAACCUUUACUUACAAAUAUGAAUGGAAAAGAUAUUACCAACAACCUUAAAAAACUUAAUCCAACUAGAUUAGCUUCAUUAAUGCAAUGUUUUAAUUCGGUUUUUUAUAUUGGUGAAAUGGAUUUUAGACAAAGUUUUAGAUGUCAAUUUAAUAAUUAUAUUUUAUUAGUUGCAGCUUGUGUAAUGUGUUCAGUUAUUUUGGUCAAAUUUUUGGCAGCUUUACAAUUAGGAGCAAGACGUAAACCUGAAGAUCAUGAUAAAUUCGUUAUAUGUCAAGUACCUUGUUAUACUGAAGGAGAAGAUUCACUUAAACGUACUAUGGAUUCAUUAGCAGCUUUAACUUAUGAUGAUAAAAGGAAAUUAUUAUUCUUUAUUGCAGAUGGUAUGAUCGUUGGUUCUGGUAAUGAUAGACCUACACCAAGGAUUGUAUUAGAUAUUCUUGGUGUUGAUCCUAAAAUAGAUCCUGAACCUUUAGCAUUUAAAUCAGUUGGUGAAGCUUCUCAACAAAUGAAUUAUGGAAAAGUUUAUUCUGGUCUUUAUGAAUAUGAAGGACAUGUUGUACCUUAUAUAGUAGUUGUUAAAGUUGGAAAACCAACCGAAAAAAAUAGACCUGGAAAUCGAGGAAAACGUGAUUCUCAAAUUAUACUUAUGAGAUUUUUAAAUAGAGUUCAUUUUGAACUUGAAAUGACACCACUUGAAUUAGAAAUUUAUCAUCAAAUGAAAAAUGUUAUAGGAGUAAAUCCAAGUUUUUAUGAAUAUGUUCUUAUGGUUGAUGCUGAUACAGAAGUUAUGCCUGAUUCAUUAAAUCGUAUGAUUUCUUGUAUGCUUCACGAUGGUCGUAUAAUUGGUAUUUGUGGUGAAACUACUUUAGUUAAUGAAGAAGGUUCAUGGACAACUAUGAUUCAAGUUUAUGAAUAUUAUAUUUCUCAUCAUCUUGCUAAAGCAUUUGAAUCACUUUUUGGAUCAGUUACUUGUUUACCUGGUUGUUUUUGUAUGUAUAGAAUUCGUACACCUGUAAAAAAUCAUCCAUUAAUCAUAUCUACUACCGUUAUUGAAGAAUAUUCAGAAAAUCAUGUUGAUACUUUACAUAAGAAGAAUUUAUUAUCACUUGGUGAAGAUCGUUAUCUUACAACAUUAAUGAUGAAACAUUUCCCUCAAUAUAAGAUGACAUUUACACCAGAUGCUAUGUGUAAAACUGCUGCACCUGAUAGAUGGGCUGUUUUACUUUCACAACGUCGUCGUUGGAUUAAUUCUACAAUUCAUAAUCUUAUGGAACUUAUGUUUUUACCAGAAAUGUGUGGUUUUUGUUGUUUUUCAAUGAGAUUUGUUGUAUUUAUUGAUCUUUUUGGUACACUUAUCCUUCCAUCUACUGUAGUUUAUAUUGGUUAUCUUAUAUUUGCUGUUGUUACAAAACGUCAAAAUUUACCAAUGAUUGCUUUAAUUAUGUUGGCAGCAGUUUAUGGUUUACAAGCUAUUAUUUUCAUUCUUAAACGACAAUGGCAACAUAUUGUUGGUGAGAAAGGUAAAAAACAAAUUAUUACAACUGAUGAAGAAAAAUUCGAUGAAAGUAUGAUACCAAAGAAGAAAUGGGCAGAUUAUGAACAAGAAAUGUGGGAAGUUAAUACAUCUGAAUCACAUGAUUCUGGAAAAUCAAGAAGUAGUGCUGCUUCAUAUAGAAGUCGUGGUAGUCAAAGAAAUUAUGAAAAUUGUAGUCAAUAUGGUGGAAGUAAUUAUGAUGGUGAUUAUUUCCGUGAUACUAAUUUAACAGCACCUGUUGAUAGACGUGGUAGAUCAAGGUCACCAGCUCCAAGAUAUACUCCAUCUGAAGGUCGAAAUUCAAGAGUUUUUAGUGCAAUUGGAGAACCUGAUUAUAGAAAUUCAAUUAUAUCUGCACCAAGAAGUAAUUCAGAAAUGGAUAUAUAUCCACCACAAGGACCUAUAGGUUCAUAUUAUGAUGGACCAACAGAUGAAGAAAUCUUGAUGGAAAUUAGGAAUAUUUUAUCAACUGCCAAUUUAAUGAAUAUUACAAAGAAGCAAG